ACCCCGCUUCCGAAUGGUGCGACCAGCUCGGUUUCUUGCAACACCGUCGCGCUCGUCUCCGAGCAUCCGCAAGAAAGCUGCGGUUGCCGGGAAGAGUGACAAGCAGUCAGGGAUCUUUGAAAUCUAUCGUGGUCCACUCUUGAUGGCGAAGCUUAGGCGUCCUCCAAUUUUUGCGUUCUUGUGUCUUUUGUCCUUCCUUGGUUGCUACCUUAUUAUGUCGAUCCAACUCAUCCAUUAACUCUUCAUAUAGCAGCAAACGACCAAUUCCGGUUCCCAAUUUUUUCUCAAGUCACGCCGAUAGUUCAAUAUCUAGGCUCACAGGCUGGUUUUGCGCAUGUACGUUUUUUUUUAUUUUUCGGUUAAUAGAAUUAUCGGUGCACUGAUGCGCGACUGCCUGCUCCCGUCUAAAUGGCCGUGUAUGGCUUCUAAAAUUUCAGCGCGUCAGCGUGACGUUAAUUUUUUUUUUUCUCUAAAUCCUUGAUGCCUUAAGAUUUUGCAGUGCACUGGCAAUGGUUUUGAUAAAAUGUAGCUUUGCUCUUUCCCUGUAUUAGGUGUCAACACUAAUAGUAAACAUUCGGUAGCUAAUCCAGCAGUGUUUCGUGUGUCUUCUUCCCUGCUGCCCAUGUCAGUGUUUCCCGACGGGAACAUGUUAUUUUCAAUGCUAAAACGGCCGUAAUUUAGGUCACAGAUCCAGCGACGUGCGAAACUUUGCGAGCCGCCCGCCCAGGAUGGCCGGAGCAUGGGGCGUCGUCUCCAAGGCUUUCGUGUGGAUCGCCUGCACGGCGGGCUUCCUCUACCAGGCGUCCGAUGUGCUGCAGCUGUACACCCGCCACGCCUUCACCGUCACCGUGUACAAGGAGCACGGUUCACGGCACAUCCGCUUCCCCGCCGCCACCAUCUGCACCGAGAAAUGCAGCAGCGAUUCGCCACCACCGGACUCACCCAAUUGCCUUGACGGCCCCGACGAUGACAACUAUCACCGGGUUACCUUAUCAACUGCAAUACAUUGGCCGACGAAAGGGCGGUUGGGUUGCUGGGAGCGCGGUAUACUGCUCAAGAUUUAUUCGUUUCUUCAAUCACUCCUUCUGGCCCGGGCCUCCGAAUGCAGGUCCAAGCGAGACGUUCUUUGCGGGAAUAACAAUUCACUCUGCCAGGGCGGAUCUGAAGCCUUGGCCGAGAGGCUCCUUUUUGACCCUGAACUCCGCAACGAGGCUGCCUACACUCCGAGCGAGCUGUUCAACUGCCGCAUGCGUUCGCUGGACGAAAAGUGCGCCGCAUUUUCCUGCACGUCCAUGAUCCGAAGGACCUUCUAUCGAACUCCCUUCUUGAUGUGUUACACCUUUGACCUGUACCAGUACUCGGAGCCCAACCACUCAUUUCGUUCGUGCGAGGUACCAUGGCUGUACGAAGUGGAGUUGACCGUAGCAUGGGACGCACUUAACACUGGGCCCACGGACAACGUGCUCAAGUACCCGCUCAUCGUGCACGAACCGGAGGUCUGCCCACCGGAAAAGCUGGCCCCCAUCCAUCUCAGGCAGGGAAUGCGCUACACAGUGUCCAUAGCCCAGAGAGUUUUUCGACGCCUUCCAUACCCGAGCGCUUCACGGUGCACCGACUACCGAGGAAGAGGUCGGGUGGGCGCCUACUUCGGCUAUAUGAACUACGCAGUGUGCCUCCAAGAUUGCUUGAUUCAGCAAGAGCUGAAAACUUGUGGCUGUGCUUUUCACGACCACGAGUUUGCCGCUACCUCAUUUAAUGGGGUUCUCUGCUCAAGUGAAAAGAAAAGCAAAUGUGUGAAAAUGUUCUCACGUGACCUCAACUACAAUAUCUGCAAAGAGCGAUGCUCUCAACCCUGCAGCGAGAUUACGUACGACGUCAAGCUGACCGGUCUUGCAGAUAAUGAGCCCGGACAAAACCAGUCAUCAUUCACGGCCAGAAUUCGCUUCGCGACAAGUUCGCUAACUGUCUACGACUACCAGAGACGGCUUACGGAACAAGAGGCGCUCGCCUACAUUGGCGGCUACCUCGGCAUCUGGCUUGGCGUGUCCCUGUACUCGAUCUACGUGGUGCUGGAAACAUCACUCACGGCGUUCCUUCGCAAUCGCUUUCACGUGUUCAAGAACUUAGCACGUGCCUAAGGAUUCACCGGUGGUUUCCCGCGUGCCGCGCUUGCUAAGCUGCCUAAAAUUCACCAUUGUAUUUCAGAGUUAAAGAUGUGUUAAUUACUCAGUAGAUCUGAAAGUUCCAUGGUCGAGGAUAUUUGUUACACAUGAGAAAGUGGAGAGCGAGAACACGGGGAACGUGCUGAAUACAAAGUUAUAUCAGUCAAACAAUGAGCUCAAGACACGAACCACAAAUGUCAGUACAUAAUUCAAGUACGUCCACAAUUGAAUACUUUCAUACAAAACACGAAAUAUGUUCAAAAGGCGCAAAAGCAAAGUCUACACCGACCGUAACAGGUAUAAGAAUGACAAAGGCAAGAGUGCUUGCAAGUUAUGCACAACUCUGCAUUCAGUGGGCAGAGUCCCAAAGGUUGCCCCAAUUCUGUAGCACUCUUUCGGUGCACAGGAGAAUUCAAGUCCACUAGCUGACCUCGGCGCCCAUAUUCAGUCAGGCCGAAAACGGUAAGAACACCGUCUAUUGAAACUUCUCUGCACUUUUGAAAACCCCGGACGAUGUUGUUCGCUCCAAAGCAUCCACAACGGUAUAUUUUAUAUUCCAUAGUUAGAUUUGUGACUUGAAACUCCUUUUAAUAAAGCUGUCCAUAAAUUAA